GACCACCUCCCUGUUGGCACAACCCAAGUUCCAAUCAUCCUGGGAUCCGAUAAAACUCCUGUCACGCGACUUACUGGGGGACUCGAGAUGCACCCGAUUUUCCUCACCAUCGGUAAUAUCGAUUCGGAGGUUCGCUCCAAAGCAACAUUACGAGCUUGGCGCUGCGUUGCCUACAUGCCGAUCAUAAAGUUCCGUGUGCAUCCAGAUUAUCAGAGUAUUCUCCAAGCAUGGCUAUGGCAUAAAUGUAUGGACCUCAUU